AUGAUCUAUGCGGACCUUGCCUUUACGACCUGGAAUGAUCGCUCUGAUGCCAUCUUGGAGUGCGCUCCCGAUGACAAGUUUAAAGGUUUCCCGCAUGUGCAAAACUGGCACGAGCGUAUGACCAGUCGCCCUUCGUGGGCAAAGGCCAUGGAAUCUCGCGCCAGACUUAUGGAUGAGCAGAGAUUGACGUGGACGGGAAUGCCAAAGGGAUUUAAUAGAUUGGAAGAAUGCCAAGAGCGGCUCAAGGCCAACGAUGAGACGGCGGCCAAUGCAGCUACAAAGAAGUGA